AUGAAAGCGGUUGCCAGAUCUUAUUUUUGGUGGCCGGGACUUGACAAAGAAAUAGAAAGUUAUGUUAAAAGUUGUGAAGUCUGUGUAUCAUGUCAGGCUAGUCCAGUAGUAGAUAGGCAAGCUAAGUGGGCAGAAGCCGUUGGUCCUUUAGACAGAGUACAUUUAGAUUUUUUGUAUUUAAAUAACAAAAAUUAUUUAGUAUGGAUUGAUGCGUUUACAAAGUGGCCUGAAGUUAUAGAAAUGAGUAAAAUGAAUAGUGGGUAUUUAAUUGAGAAACUGAGGGAGAUUUUUGGACGUUUUGGCUUACCAAAUAAAAUCAUUUCUGAUAAUGGUCCACAAUUUCGUUCUAGUGAAUUCAUAGAAUUUUGUAAACAAAAUGGAAUUGUAUUUUAUACAUCACCACCUUUUCAUCCUGCUACAAAUGGUGCAGCUGAAAACGCAGUUAAAUCUCUUAAAAGAGGAAUAUACAAGGCAUUAAAAGAUAAAAUUAAUAAAGGUGUGACUGUGAGUACAUUAAUAAACAGAUAUUUAUUCAUGUAUAGAAACUCACCACAUUGGACAACAAAUGAAUGUCCGGCAAAAUUAAUGUUUGGGCGAAAGUUAAAAACUCGAAAUGAAGUUUUCAAGGAAGGAGAUGUAGUCUAUGCGAGAGAUUUUUCUAAUCCAAAUAAAAAAAAAUUGGGAAAAGGCAGUGAUAGAAGAAGUUUGGAAGAAUUUAGUAAGUAUGAUGACUAUAUAAAAAACUAUGAAAAAGAGUUUUUAGAGGAAGUUAAAGAAAAAGAGAAUGAGAUAAAAACACAGGAGUUAGAAAUUAAAAAAGCUAGUGAAAAAGUUGAUGAAAAAGAGAAACAGAAUAUUACAGAUGUUAAUGUUAAUGAUAAAUUUAGUUUACCUGAAGUUAAACAAAAUAACGUUAGGCCUGUUAGAAACAAGAAGUCACCUAAACGUUUAGAUUUAUAA